UGAGGGCGUUCACGAUGCAGCUUUAUCGUGCAAUACCUGUCUACGGCGGUGCCAGAAAGUUUGAACCACCCUCAUUAUGAAAGUUUCCGCGUGUCGUAGAUUGACAUGCCGUUACAAUCACUCGCAUCAUUCGGCUCUCGACGCCGCAAGCUAGUAAAUUCGUCCGUGAUCCCCGAGUCUUCCAGCGAACGUGAUAAGAAUGGCCGAGCAGUGGCAAGCAGCGCUGCCGUGGAACUGAAACCAUUACGAGGCAAAGGUAUCAAGGCGGGAGCCGAUCUUCAACAACCUGUGAUAGAUGUGCAGCCCGAAGAUCUAUAUUUCCCUCUGAACAGCUCCCGUGCGGAGUUUCGGCUCAUUCAGAUCGAUGCCACCAGCAAAGAGGACCACAUUCGAUGUCAUCUUCAAGUCUUUUCUCUCGCCACAUCUGCGCCUGACCCACCCAAAUGGCAAGCCCUUUCCUACGAAUGGGGCAAGGAUCCUGCGCAGGACGGCAUUGAGGUAGAUGGACGAACAUUCCCCGUUCGGCCCAACCUCCAUCGGUUUUUGCAACAAAUGGCGCGGGAGAAGCACGCGGAUUGGAUGUACAUCGACGCCAUCUGUAUCAACCAGACCGACAUCGCGGAGCGGGAACAGCAGGUCGCUUUGAUGCAUGACAUCUAUCGCCGUGCAGAGGAAGUCAUCUUGUGGAUUUACAAUCCCGAUCUGAUGGCGGAGCGGUAUCAGAGGACAUUCGACGAUUUGGAGAGGCUGCGACGGCAGCUCCCCAUGUACCGUACGAACCUGCGCGCGGCCGAUCGGAUGCUUGAGAAGCACGACAAGAGUGCACGCUUCUCGGUGCAGCUCCCACACACGCCGUUUCGCUGGCUCGAGGACCGAAGAGCGGCGUCCCGGCGGGAGGAUGAGAAGGAGCGAGAGGAGAUCCAGACCGCGCGGGACCUAAUCAAAAAUGGCAUGACGAACAUCGAGCCGCAUCUCAGUCGAUAUGACCUCGCACGUUCCUUGGUUGACGGGGCAAUUGCGAAACACAGCGGCGGCAGAGCAGGCCCCAUGUUCCGGUCGGAUUACAACCGGAAGGUGGCACAGUGUGUGGGCGAGCUGGAGCGCGGCCGGUCCGCCGCCGAAAUCAAGAGUGAGUUGAUACCCGACCGCAGCUGGAACGUCCUCAGCUAUUUCACCUACCGUGCCUCGUACUGGUCUCGCUUGUGGAUCGUUCAGGAGGUCUUGCUCGCGCGCCGCCUCACGAUCCGCCUGGGGCCGGAGAGGGUGGAUCCCGUCGAUCUCUACACCAACCUCCAGACUGCCCUCCCUUUCCUCGCCAAACUCGACUCCUAUUGUGGUGAUCUUGAGACAGUGUUUGAUAUUGCUCACGUGGUAAGCCCUCCACCAUCGCCGCUACAUUCACUUUUUGUCUUGAUUUUCCAAGUUGGGAAAACGACCCCGAAUCAAGAACAGGAGCUUUUCACAUGAGACUGACACCACGAAAAAUAGUGGAUGGGUAUUCCGUUGCAAGGCGACUUCUUCGAUGCCAAUCAAUGCGCACAUAUCCUGGGCCUCUCACACCGCGGCCGACAAAUGGGCAGCAGCGCCAUCCGCUUCCCCUUUUUUCACGCGGUUGACUACUUCAGCACGCAGGACUGCACGCAGUUCCACGAUCGCGUGUAUGGUCUGCUGGCGCUAACCCGCAGCCAAAUUCCCAUCAACUAUCGCAUC